AUUUUCUCUACAAACUUGCCCUGAUUGUCGUUGCUCAUAUGUCAAGCGAAUAUAGGCUCCACAGGUGUAGCGUAGGGAAUGGAGGCGCCCUCCUUUGUCUCCAAAGCGAGGACCAAAUUUGACGCCAUUUGGCUAGGGUUUAGGUCAGUGGAGCUCAAUGGAAGAGAUCACGGAAGGAGUGAAUGCCAUCAACCUGGGCGGAGACUCCCACAAGAAGAACCGAAUACAAGUCUCCAACACCAAGAAACCCCUGUUCUUCUACGUCAAUCUCGCCAAGAGGUAUAUGCAACAGCAUAACGAGGUUGAGCUGUCUGCUCUUGGAAUGGCUAUUGCCACGGUGGUUAUUAUAUCAGAAAUUUUGAAAAAUAAUGGAUUGGCUAUUGAGAAGAAGAUCAUGACCUCAACUGUCGAUAUGAAGGAUGACUCUAGGGGAAGGCCCAUCCAAAAAGCAAAGAUCGAAAUAUUGCUGGGGAAGACUGAAAGCUUUGAUGAAUUGAUGGCAGCUGCUGCAGAGAAAAGAGAGGCUGGAGAUGGUGAAGAGCAAAGUUGAAGGGGUUGUUUCCUAGUGUCUUUAAUUUGUUUUGUUUUUGUUGUGCUAGUACGUACAUGAGAUAUAUUAAAUAAUACCUUUUUUGAAGAAUAUUUUCUUAA